CUGAAAGGUGCAUAGCAUUAUUUAAUCAUAUACAAAUAAAUACGAAAAAAGUGGAAAGAGUAUCAUCACUUAGUUCUGAUGAGGUUGAAGGGAUUUUUAUAAAUUAUUCUGUAUAUUCUCAGCGUGGUUUUCAUACACAUAAUACGGGCUAUGAAUUUAGAUAG